AUGACGCACCAGUACAGCCAGCGGUCCCUCAUCGUGCUGUCGCUGCUGGGGAUUCUAUCCGCCAUCAUGUCGGUGCUGUCGGUCAUUUUGAUUUUCCAGCUCCAGGCUCAGCAGGCGUCGGUGAAGGAGUCCCCCCCCUCCACCGCGGCGGUGCUCCCGGCCCCGGUGUGGGCCGUCCUCCUGCCGGUGGCCACGGUGCUGUCCUGCCUGGCCCUCACCCUGAACCUCAGCUCCGUGUCCGUGUGUCUCCUGCACGGAUACUUCUCCACUGAGGUCUGCAGAGGAGAGCAGGACACCGACAGAGCAGACUGGUUCCUCUUGGAUAGCAGAUCUGUGCGACAUGUGGCUAUUGGACUCUUCUGCCUGGGGAUCUCUGUCUACUUAGCAGCAAUGUCCAUUUUCAUGCUCCUGAUAUUUGAGGUGGAAACAGGCAUUGCCAGUGCCUGUGUCCUCUCUUCAGGGAUCCUAGUUCUACUGGUCAUUGUCAUCCACUCUCUGGUCAAAGCUUCCCGAAGUUCUAAACGCUACCAAGGCAACCACCUCGACACCCUCUACCAGAACGACCACGGGAGCAGCAGCACGCCUAUAUCUCGUCCCUGUGAGCUCAAAAUUGGCGUGGACAAACCACGGAUGCACCGCACCCAGUCUCACCUCCAACAUCAGUUCUCCUACCCUCAAUUGGGCAACCCGAGACAGCAAGAACAAUACCAGCACCAGCAGCAGCAGCAGCAGCAGCAGUACUCCCCUGCUCAAGGCUCACAGGGACAUGCUAGCGACAAAGAUGGCUACAGCAGCAGUGGCAGCGGUCCCCGAAUGCACAGGACCCUGUCGACUGAAUCUGGUUUGUUGCAGGCCCAGACAAAACCCUGGAAUGGGGUCAACAACGAGAUGAGGAGUGUCCUUGCACGCAAGUCUGGGAUUUCUGCAAAAGACUCUACCCUUGUUUGACAGUAACAAAGCUCACCCUCAGAUUUAAGACACUGAUGACUUUCAUGUACAAGUUUUCAAAAGGGGAGUGUGAACACAAGUCAUCUCAAACAGACGGAGAACUUUCAAUCUGUAUUAUCUCACACUCAUGUUUAUUCUGAUUAA